GACAACGUUUUUUUAAAGAAGAUAGUCGCAAAAUUAUUGAUCAAGAAACGCAAAGCCAAAGACUCACAGAAGCCAGAAGAUUAACUUUUAAACACUCGCAUCGACGUUUUAAUUCAGGAUGAAAGUUUUUUUGCCAUUUCUUGUUUGUGCUCUUCUCGCCGUCUUCACAACAAUCAUUCAUGGAAAAGACUCCGCAUCUCACGAGAUUAGUAACAAGGAAUCAUCAUCUGAGAAACGUGCUGCCUUACGUCCGGUUUUUAGACUGUAUCGCAGUACACUUCCAGCCGUCUGGGAUAACAUGUACUUCGCUAUUCACACCAAGGGAAAACCUUCAACUUUAACCCGCAUUACAGACAAGGACCAAAUCCAACAAAACAGAGUGGAUUCUGGAUGUACUAAGUAUGGAUGGAGACCACCAGGCUAUAAUAUUGACGAGUACCCGUUUGCAUCUAGUGCCCAGGGUGGAAAAGGUGCUGUUUUGAGGGAGGUUCCGAUCAGAGAAAACAGCAGCCAAGGGGGACAACUGGCACAAUUUUACAAGAAAUAUGAUAUCAAUCAUGGCGAUUCUUACGACAUCGAACUUAUUCGGGACACGGAUGACUAGUCAGUUGCUAGAUUCAGCUCUUCAUAUCAUGUGGUCUAUAACUACUGGUGUUGUAGACGUUUCUUUUGUUCUGUCACAAAAUAAAUAUUGUCAGAAACGUAAUACGACAUUUCUUUAACAAACGUCUUAUUUG